GAGGGCGGAGUUGCGGCCCGAGGACGCGACGCGAGCCCAGUUCCGGCGAGGAGGCCGCGCCAGUGACAGCGAUGGCGGCGGAGUCGGCGCUCCAAGUUGUGGAGAAGCUGCAGGCGCGCCUGGCCGCGAACCCGGACCCCAAGAAGCUAUUGAAAUAUUUGAAGAAACUUUCCGUCUUGCCUAUCACAGUAGACAUUCUUGUGGAGACUGGGGUAGGGAAAACAGUAAACAGCUUCCGGAAACAUGAGCAAGUGGGCAACUUUGCCAGAGACCUGGUGGCCCAGUGGAAGAAGCUGGUUCCUAUAGAGCGAAAUAAUGAGGCUGAGGAUCAGGAUUUUGAGAAGAACAAUUCCCGAAAGCGUCCCCGAGAUGCUGUUCAGAGGGAGGAGGAAGUGGAGGGGGACUACCAGGAAAGCUGGAAAGCCUCUGGCAGCCGGUCCUACAGCCCUGAGCACAGACAGAAAAAACACAAAAAACUCUCCGAGCCUGAAAGGCCUCACAAAGCGGCUCACAGUCACGAGAGGAGGGAUGAAAGGAAGAGGUGUCACAAAGUGUCACCUCCAUAUUCUUCAGACCCUGAGUCUUCUGACUAUGGCCAUGUUCAAUCCCCUCCACCUUCCAGUCCUCAUCAAAUGUAUACCGACCACUACAGGUCCCUGGAGGAGGACCAUGAGCCUAUCAUUUCACACCAGAAACCUGGAAAAGUUCAUAGUAAUGCCCUUCAGGACAGACUGGGGGUUAGUCAAGAACGACACCCAGGUGAACACCAAGGGAAAGGGGCUCUAAGCCAAAACAAGCAGCACAAAUCCUCCCACAAGGAGAAACGCUCUGUGGAUGCCAGAGGGGAGGAGAAAAUCUCUGCCCUGGGCAGAGAGAACUCACACAAGUCCUCUUCCAAAGAGGAAAGCCGAAGGCUGCUCUCAGGGAACAGUGCCAAGGAGAAGACAUCCUCUAGUGUCACUAAGAAAGAGAAGGACAGAGAAGGCAACAGUGUCAAGAAGAAGUGUUCACCUGCUCUGGAGGCCGCUUCAGACAACCACCUUAGAAAGCCCAAACACAAGGACUCCGAGAAAACCAAAUCUGACAAAAACAAGCAGAGUGUAGAGGGCUUAGACUCAGGGCGGGGGACAGGCGACCUGUUGCCCAAAGCAAAAGACAAAGUUCCCAACCACCUGAAAGCUCAGGAGGGAAAAGUAAAAGCUAACUCGGAUCGAAAGUCAGCAGGCUCGCUGCCUAAAGUAGAGGAGACAGACAUGGAUGACGAGUUUGAGCAGCCCACCAUGUCGUUCGAGUCGUACCUCAGCUAUGACCAGCCCCGGAAGAAAAAAAAGAAGACUGUGAAGGCUUCAAGCACAGCACUUGGGGAAAAAGGACUUAAAAAAAAGGAUUCUAAAAGCACUAGUAAAAACCUGAACUCAGUUCAGAAAUUACCCAAGCUGAAUGAAAACAAGUCAGAGAAGUUGCAGCCAGCUGGAACCGAACCCACCAGGCCUCCAAAGGUCUCUGCUGUUGUGCUGCCAGCAUUGCCAGACAUCCCCUUACCUGCCAUCCACGCCAACUACCGUCCACUUCCUUCCCUCGAGUUGAUUCCCUCCUUCCAGCCAAAGCGAAAAGCAUUCUCUUCACCCCAGGAAGAAGAAGAAGCUGGGUUCACAGGACGCAGAAUGAAUUCUAAGAUGCAGGUGUACUCGGGUUCCAAGUGUGCCUAUCUCCCCAAAAUGAUGACCCUGCACCAGCAGUGUAUCCGGGUGCUGAAGAACAAUAUUGACUCUAUCUUUGAAGUGGGAGGAGUCCCCUAUUCUGUUCUUGAACCUGUCUUGGAGAGGUGUACACCUGAUCAGCUCUACCGAAUAGAAGAAUGUAAUCAUGUGUUGAUUGAGGAAACAGAUCAGUUGUGGAAAGUUCACUGUCACCGAGACUUUAAGGAAGAAAGACCAGAAGAGUAUGAGUCCUGGAGGGAGAUGUACCUUAGGCUUCAGGAUGCCAGAGAACAGCGGCUGCGCCUCCUAACAAACAAUAUCCGGUCUGCACAUGCCAAUAAGCCAAAAGGGCGCCAAGCAAAGAUGGCCUUUGUCAACUCUGUGGCUAAACCACCUCGAGAUGUUAGACGGAGGCAGGAGAAGUUUGGAACCGGUGGAGCAGCUGUCCCGGAGAAAGUCAGGAUUAAGCCAGCACCAUAUACAACAGGAAGCAGCCAUGUUCCUGCCAACAACAGCAGCAGCAGCUUCCAUUCCAGCCCUGAGGAGCUGGCCUACGAUGGGCCCAGUACCAGCAGUGCCCACAUAGCUCCAGUGGCCAGCAGUUCUGCUUCCUAUGAUCCUAGGAAACCAGCUGUGAAGAAAAUUGCCCCAAUGAUGGCCAAGACAAUUAAAGCAUUCAAGAACAGAUUCUCCCGACGAUAAGCAGGGCUAGCCUUGGGUGUGGAGUCUGGGAGCAGGAAUACAGGGACAGUGGGCACAGAAGAAGAGGAUGUCCACAGAAGACCCAUCUCUUUUGCUUUGUGGAACUUUGGUUCCUGUCUCCUGCACAGUUGCAGGUACCUCCCUCUCCCCGCGCACCUCAACCCUGCACCCUGCCUGGAGCACACUUCAGAUUUCUGAAGACAGUGUGUGUGCCUCAGUCUUACUGAGGACUUUAAGAUCAGUUAUAGUUUUGUUGCUAAUUAGCAUCUUUGUAAACUAUAAGACGUAGUUUUAAUUAAUAAAUAUUGCCCCCAGAUAUAUUUAUAAUACCCCUAGGGGUUUUUUUGUUUUUCUUUUUUUUCUUUUUUCUUUUUUUUUUUUUUUUUUUGUCCUCUAUGUAUAUUAAGCCUUUUGUUUUCUAGGUCCUUUAUUAAAGUUAAAGUUAGAUGAGCCUAGCAAAAGCCAUUCUUCUCCUAGGUCAGCUCUUCUGAGUAGACACUUGUCCACUGUACCCCCAGAGCCUGUGUGUCACUCCAAGCCCACAUAUUGGGCCAGGAGUGAGUGAGUGCCAGAAUGCCUGUCCUCCCUCUGAGACCCUGGGCAGGUUCCUUUCUUUCUUAUCCUUCAGUAGUAUUUGUUAAGGAAGGCUGUUUGCAAAGCGUAAAGUCCUUCCUAAAUCAUCUUCAAAUCACACUCCUCGUCCCUGUUUAAGGCUCACUAGAGGACAGAACCUUAAGAGAUCAAAUUGUGUAGGACCUCAGCAGUUUUAUAAUUUCUAGUUUCUGGUUCAGUAUUUUAACCACCCCCUCCUUAUUUUUCCUUUCCCCACACCAUGGGGAAACACAGACAUGGCAGGGCUUUUGUAGCUCUGAAUGUGAUUUGGGAGGUUUGAAAAGCCAGCACUUUAAUCUCUUGUUCUCUAUGAAUUACUACUAAGAGUGAAUGAUUUAAAACAUUGUAGUGUUGUGUUGGAAAUUGCUUCUGUUUGAAAGGAAAGAUCAUGUGACUGGGAGAGCACAACAGUUUGCUGGGUCUGGCAGAGAACUUGGUGCUGAAGCCCCUACCUUCUGAGUGCAGGCCAGAGUUAGAAGGAAAGGGCCACCUUGGGAAGGGGCUGGGCUGUACCCCAGGAUGGGAAAACCUGGUCCCAGCCAGCCAGUUCCGGAGGAAGGCUUAUUCUUCUUUCCAGUUGACAUGGGACAAGAUCAGAACUAGGAGGGCAGUGCCAACUCCUCUUUGCCAUCAGAGAACAAGGAGCUGGUAGGGUUCACUUGUCUGUGAGCCAGGUGAAAGGUUCUAUGAACUUGAGGGGACAGACAGUCACUAAAUUGGGCCAUUGCUCCUGUCUACACUUUUUUAACCAACCUGGAGGCCUCAGGCUAACAAAGACUCCAAGGCAGCACAGGAAACCUGCACAGCUAAAGCUGGGCCUGCCUUACUGUGCAUUGCAACACAGGGUGCCUGUUGCCAUGGGACAUAAGUAUUGCUGAGUUUUUAAUUUGUAUUUUGGGAUUAAGUAAAGCAUUGUUACUCUUGAUGGCGUGUUUCACUAUACCACCUCUGUCUUAGCCUGACCUCCAAAUCUAACAUCAAGUCUGUUACCUGAAGUCCAGGGGACAUUUGCACCAGGAGCCAGCCCCUGCUGCCCAGAACAGCCCCCUCUGGGUGUUGAGCACCUCAGAUUUAUGCCUUAGCUGUGUUUCCGAGACUUCCCUUUGCCGUUUUUCCUGUUGCGGAUUCAGUUAUGUAUGAUUUAAUUCCCCUUCUUAGGAGUUCGUAGGCUUAGGGGGAGAAAGGACACACAUUUGUCCAUCCAGGGUCAGCAUCCAGUUUGGCACAUAAAGUUUUCUGAUGCAGCCAGUUUGCUUAGAGCCAGAUCCUCCACCCCUUCAAGAGUGUCUGCAUCAGGAAUAUGGUGAGAACAGUGAGGGGCCCAGGAAGCCAGCUGUCUCCACAGCCCUUCACCAACAUGCACAAUGGCCACAAAGCAGACACAGUGAUGUUCAACUUUUGGUCACAUUUGUAAAAACUUGUGCAAUUCUUUUCUGCGCUACACUACUACAGAUCACAAAUGACAGAUUCGCCCUUUGCGAUCCUCGGUGUUACAAGGGGUUCUCAGGGGCGUUCUUUCUUUGUUGUGGAGGCAGGAGGGGCAAGAGUAAGCACCAUCCUGCUCUGCAUUUGUAUUUUGGUCCCAAAAUGUAAAUACAAUUUUCUAUGUUACUUUUUUGUGGUAACUACAAGAUGAAUAUUUUAAUUAGAUAAGUUAUACAAAAAGGAAAACCCCACGUCUAAUAAAAAGCAAAAAAAAAUUGUA